AUGGCGAAGUUCCACGCCCCUGAGAUCCAGGACAAUCCCUCUGGAUGGGGUCCCUGUGCUGUCCCUGAGAAGUUUAAGGACAUGCCCUACCAGCCCUUCAGCAAAGGAGACCGUCUGGGAAAGGUUGGUCUUCCUCUGCUGCCUCACACUUUUAAUUAUGAACAGUAGUUUGCCCUGCUUCAAGAGGAGGACAUUAGGCUGACUGAUCUACUUUAUUCUGUCCAUCUGUGCAGGUAGCUGAUUGGACUGGAGCAACCUACCAGGACAAGAGAUACACAAGUGGGUUAAAUUGUAUUGUAGGAUUCAUGAUAAUAACAUGAUAUGGUGUAAACAUUAUCCAGAAUAUCUUGCCUAUUCUAAAUGUCUAUAUUCAGUAUUGAUUUUGAGGUAUUUCAGACCAUGGAUGCCAUAAUUUGACGUUUGGUUGAUUGUUUUGACAGACAAGUACUCAUCUCAGUUUGGGGGUGGUAGUCAGUAUGCCUACUUCCAUGAGGAGGACGAGACGAGCUUCCAGCUGGUGGACACUGCCAAGACGCAGAAGACUGCCUACCAGAGGAACCGCAUGAGGUUUGCUCAGGUACAAGACUAACCUGCUCGACCACACACACACACACACACACAGUACCCCAAAAAGGCUUUUCUGUGUCACCUUUUCUAUAACGGGAUGAUGUUUUUUUCUGUUUUUACAGAGGAAUCUGCGCAGGGACAAGGACCGCAGGAACCUGACCCAGUUCAAUAUGCAGACCCUGCCGAAGAGUGCCAAGCAGAAGGAGAGGUGAGCUGCAUGCAGUUGUUUAACCAAUCCACUGCUAAUGUGGCUUUCUAAAACGCAUGUCGUUCUCUGGUUUUCUCUAUACCUCUGUCUAAUCUAAUGUGGCUCUGUCCAGGGAUCGCAUGCGUCUACAGAAAAAGUUCCAGAAGCAGUUUGGUGUCCGUCAGAAGUGGGACCAGAAAUCCCAGGUAUGGGAAGAUCAACGAUGAAUGUGGACUGUUUUAUCAGUGCACCUUCUGACAUCUGAACCAUAUUGUGAUACUCCUCAGAUAACGUCUGAUGUAGUCGUAUAAAGUUUCUGGCAACAGUCUUCCCAAACACCUGCUAACGCUACCAUACGUGCCUGUCUCUCCUCCCUCCCCUUUCCCCCCUCACCCCCCUUUCCUUUCCCCCCUCACCCCCUUUCCUUUCCCCCCUCAUACCUUUCAUUUCAAGGCCCAGUUGAAGCCCCGGGACUCGUCGGUGGAGGUCCGGAGUGACUGGGAGGUGAAGGAGGAGAUGGACUUCCCCAGGCUGAUGAAGAUGAGAUACAUGGAGGUGGAGGACCCCACUGACAUGUGAGUGACUUAUUGCAUCUGUGCUCAAUCCAGGGGAGAACGACUGCCCCCUCGCAUUGAGGAUUUCAAGUUGAAGGCCGACCGCAGUACUGCAGGCAUUGUUUCCAGAAAACAGGAUCCCCGUUACAGUGAAUUUUAUUUUAUUUAUUUCACCUUUAUUUAACCAGGUAAGUGAAUGGGGAAAUGGCGAUCUUCGUGGUCAAUAUUUGUGGAUAUAACAAAAAAACAUUCAUGGUACCAAUAAUGGCUUCUAUUUCACCAGAUGUAUGUCCUUGAACCGAUUACUUUAAAAUCACACACGGACAAAGUUUUAUAAGAAUAAUCUAGUUGCUAAUGGCAGCCUGCAGUACCUCUGUCGGCCUUCAACUUGAUAUACUCCAUGAGAGGGGGCAGCACUGAGCUAGCCUUCAACGUCACUUCAUGGAGGACAAUAUUAUAUCCACGUAAAGUCAAUAGAUUUUCUUUCUCCCUCAGUGAGUGCUGUGGUGCGUUGGAGUACUACGACAAGGCCUUUGACCGCGUCACCACUCGCAACGAGAAGCCUCUCAAGAGCAUCAAGAGGAUCUUCCACACAGUGACCACCACUGACGACCCUGUCAUCCGCAAGGUACACACUCUCAAUUCCACACAUGUACAGCACUGUGCCAGGUACAAUAAGCCAGAGCAACAUAUUAUUGAUUCAGUCCUUUUGUUGUUUUGUCUGCACAUUCUUGUUCAGAACAAAUGGUUUCACACAUUUCAGAAACAAAAACAUGGUUAUUACAAUGUCCACUGCCCUGUAGAGUGUAUUCUCUGCUCUGAUGUAAAUCCUUCCCUAUACCCUCCUCUGCAGUUGGCUAAGACCCAGGGCAACGUGUUUGCCACAGAUGCCAUUCUGGCCACCCUGAUGUGCUGCACGCGCUCAGUCAACUCCUGGGACAUCAUUGUGCAGAGAGUGGGCAACAAGCUCUUCUUUGACAAGAGGGACAACUCUGACUUUGGUGAGGCUUUCUCAAGUAAAUCUAUUCAACUGUUGGUCCGUCUGACUGGUCAAGGACGUCUUAUUUACUAGUGAGUCAGUAGUCAUACCUAAUAUCCAACUCACUAAUAUUUAAGUAUUCUUGUCAUCAUAAUGCCAAUGUUUAGGGGUGCGUUCGGUUUUUGUGCAUUCGGCUCAUCUAACCAUUUGUAAAUGUUAAUGUCAGAUCUGUUGACGGUGAGUGAAACUGCCAAUGAGCCACCACAGGACGAGGGCAACUCCUUCAACUCGCCCCGUAACCUGGCUAUGGAGGCUACCUACAUCAACCAUAACUUCAGCCAGCAGUGUCUGCGCAUGGUAAGACCACAACUAUACACCAAUGGACAUGUCUAGUGCCAUUCCUUCAAUGUGAUGUGAAAAAAAUAAAAAGUCCAUGCUUUUAUGCCAUUGUAAAAAUACAUCUUAUUUGGAUGUUAAUUAUUUUAAAGUUCAUAGAGUUAUAGUAUGAUGAUGUGUCUUUGUUUUUCCCUCAGGGUGGGGAGAGGCACAAGUUCCCUAACCCCAACCCAUUUGUAGAGGAGGACAUAGACAAGAGUGAGGUGGCCUCAGUUGCCUACAGGUGGGUACUGACCCCUGCUCUCAUGCUGCUCUCUCAGUACUGCAGACCGUCUGAUCAGUCACACCGUCUAUACACAGUCACUUCAUUUACAUCUCACCACCUUCCGGAGACAUUUGAAACCCCACCUCUUUAAGGAAUACCUGGGAUAGGAUAAAGUAUUCCUUCUAACCCCCCCCCCCCCCCCCCCCCCCCCCCCCCCCAAAUUGUAAAGUGGUUAUCCCACUGGCUAUAGGGUGAACGCACCAAUUUGUGAGUCGCUCUGGCUAAGAGCGUCUGCUAAAUGACGUUAAUGUGCCCUUGAGCAAGGCACUUAACCCUAAUUGCUCCUGUAAGUCGCUCUGGUUAAGAGCGUCUGCUAAAUGACUAAAAUGUAAAAAUAUGUAAAUGUUAAGAAGUCGUCUUUUUUUUUUUUUUUAGGUACUCCUGUUUUUAAAUGGAUCCAUGUAAUCUGUGUCCUACAGGACUCUAUACUCUGGGUUAGUGGUGAGGGGUGUCGCUGUGUAGACCUGUAAACUCACCUGUGUUUCUGUCUCAGGUACCGCCGCUGGAAGCUGGGGGAGGACAUUGACCUGAUUGUACGCUGUGAGCACGAUGGAGUGAUGACUGGGGCCAACGGAGAGGUGUCCUUCAUCAAUGUCAAGACCCUUAAUGAGUGGGACUCCAGGGUAAGAGGACAGUACUAGAUAUUUGAUGCUAUCACUGGGGAUGACGUGCAGUGUCAACUUCCCCCCUAAUGGUUAAUGGUGUUAUUGAAUGUUUUGUUCUUGUCUUUAGCACUGUAAUGGAGUGGACUGGCGUCAGAAGCUGGACUCUCAGAGAGGAGCUGUUCUGGCCACUGAGCUAAAGAACAACAGCUACAAACUGGCCCGCUGGACCUGCUGUGCUAUGCUGGCUGGGUCUGAGUACCUCAAGCUAGGGUCAGUACCCCCCCCCCCCCACACACACACACACACACACACACACACACACACAGUGCAACUAUACUGUACACAAACUGUUUUCCCCCAUCAAAUGUCUACAAAUUCACUUGGUUAUCAGUUGAAUUUGACCCUGCUGGUCCUCUAUGAACGUUUCAACAUCUUGAAGAACAAUCUGGUCUUAAUGGCCAUGUACUCUUAUCUUCACCCGGCACAGCCAGAAGAGGACUGGCCACCCCUCAGAGCCUGGUUCCUCUCUAGGUUCCUGCCUUUCUGGGGAGUUUUUCCUAGCCACCCUGAUUCUACAUCUGCAUUGCUUGCUGUUUGGGGUUUUAGGCUGGAUUUCUGUAUAAGCACUUUGUGACAUCUGCUGAUGUAAAAAGGGCUUUAUAAAUACAUUUGAUUGAAUAGCUCGGUACAUCCUCUGUUGUAAAACAAUUCAACCAACCUCCAUCAGUGAAAUCCCCCUCCCUCCCAUGUCUCCAGGUACGUGUCUCGUUACCACGCAAAGGACUCGGCACGCCACGUGGUCCUGGGCACCCAGCAGUUCCAGCCCACUGAGUUUGCCAGCCAGAUCAACUUGAGCAUGGAGAACGCCUGGGGCAUCCUGCGCUGUGUCAUCGACAUCUGCCGCAAGCUGGAGGAGGGCAAGUACCUCAUCCUCAAGGACCCCAACAAGGUGAGCCCGGGACUGCUGAGCCUCUGUGACGCUUGACCACGGAGCAGAGCAUACCCUUCACUGUUUCUGUAGAGAGCUGCCAGACUAGUACUUGUCUCCGAGCAACUUGUAGUUGAUUUCCCCCAUUGUCUGACACCGUGUCUGCACACAGAGCCCUAUAAAUGUUAGUGUUCCUUAGAGUGUGAGUCAAUAUCAUCAUCUUGUGUUUGUGUGCUUUUGCCAACAGCAAGUGAUCCGCGUGUAUAGCUUGCCUGACGGGACCUUCAGCUCAGAUGAAGAUGAGGAAGAUGAUGAUGAUGAUGAUGAAGAGGACGAGGAGGAGGAAGGUGAGGACUGCCACCUUACACUAGGUGGUAGCUGUACAGUGUUUACAGUGCAUUAGGAAAGUAUUCAGACCCAUUCCCCUUUUCCACAUUUUGUUACGUUACAGCCUUAUUCUAAAAUGGAUGACAUUUUUUUAGACUCACACAAUACCCCACAAUGCCAAUGUCCUUGAGUGGCCCAGCCAGAGCCCGGACUUGAAAUCGAUCAAACAUCUCUGGAGACCUGAAAAUAGCAGUGCAGGAUCUGCAGAGAAGAAUGGGAGAAACUCCCCAAAUACAAGUGUGCCAAGCUUGUAGCGUCAUACCCAAGAAGACUCGAGGCUGUAAUUGCUGCCAAAGGUGCUUCAACAAAGUACUGAGUGAAGGGUCUGAAUACUUAUGUAAAUGUGAUAUUUCCUUUUUUUUUUUUUUAAGUGCAACAUUUUCAAAAUACCUGUUUUUGCUUUGUCAUUAUGGGGUUUUGUGUGUAGAUAGAUGAGGGGGGGGGGAGAACAAUUCAAUCCAUUUUAGAAUAAGGCUGUAAUGUAACAAAGUGGGAAAACUCAAGGGGUCUGAAUACGUUCUAAAUUCACUGUAUAUAUUACAAUGUGUGGGUAGUGGUCUCUGAAUUUGAUUUAUAUUUGAUUGUAUUCUCAGUCUAAUGGUUUGUAAGUAAUGUGAUUAAUAGUUGACUUUUUGUGCAAUAUGUUUUCCAAAUUCUGAUUGACUUAUGUUUACUGAUUUAAUGUCCUUUUCUCUCCCCCUCCUUUCUCUCUACUUCCUCUCAUGUUUUUCUAGAUGAACCAGAACCCUAAGGUGUGGCGAUUGCACCAGUGACCAGGUGGCCUGCACCACACAGAAAAGACUCCCUCGUUACGUUCAAAUAAAGAUCUGUGAAACUGGCUCUUGUUUCCAUUUAUUUUUUAUUUUCUCCUACUAAAAGGAGAGAUCAUUAUUUUCGUACUGAAAAAAUAAACACUAAGCAGGCAUGAGUCAUCAAAAUGAGUAAUGAGGAUUCCUAUUCUGCUUGGUAUCUGUGAAGUGUAUAUAUAGGGUUGAUAGCAGUUGAGUAUUCUGGUAUAUUUACAGAUACUUGACGUUUCUGUAUACAGGUUGAGUGAAUGGCUACUGGGUAGUUGGUGAGGGCAGUGCUACAUCAGUCAGACUGCUGAUCUAUGUCCCAGAUUACUACCAAGGCAUGUCACCCGUCUGCUCCUCAAACACAUGGUCAAAGCUGAGCCAAUGUAAAGGUGUUCUUCCAGUCGAUGCUUUUAUCUGCCAAAGAAUGACUGUUGUUUUUAGAGAAGGACCUUCAACAAUCACACAUAAUGACAAAUAUGACCUUCAUUCAUUACUAAAGGGGAGCUCUUACGUUCAAUCUUGCUUGCCAGAGAUGUGUUACUACUGAUAAGUGAGUGUUUCGUUAUCGCCAGGGCCCUGUCCAGAAACAACCCCUCCCAACUCAUCAGGUACUGAGCCAGUGUCCGAAAGUUGAGUCUUCCUCAGGCACAAUAAAGAAGCUGUUUCCAAACAGUAUUGCUUGGGGCAGUGACACAGCCAGACUGUUAUUUCCUGCCAAAGUAGUGUUGUCUAGCUGGAGGAACAUUCAGGGAAUUCCACUGUGAACUUUAGAUCCCUCGGACAGUAAAGAUUGAUUAGUAGGGUAUGGCUAUAGACCGUAAGCCAUUCAGACAAGACUUCCCAAGAUGGGAGGGGAGAGGACUGGCGAAAACAGCUACUGUAUACAUUCAGUUCUGAUGAAAGUGGAGUAUUUUUGAAGGCACUGGUUGUGUGUUGCCAUAUCAUACAAGUAUGAUAAACAGUGGAUUCAGAUGAGGUCAUGGUGGAAAUGGAACACUGGAAGCUCAGAUUCUCAACCAGGUCAUCUUUUGAUCUAUCCUGGCAAAACUAGAAACAGGAAGUGAAAACACACUGCAGUCAGAUAAACUGUCCUGACAGUCUCUCAAUACAAUGAUUGUAAUGAUCUCAUAAGUGAUUUUCAUUCACAGCUAUAAUACAUACUGUGAGAAAAGGUUGUUUAAUAGAAUUAUGUUAUUCUGUUUGUUCAUUUCGGCCAAGCAGUCCCUCUCUGUAGUCUCAGGGUUGCGAAUAAUCCUUAUCGGAGAGAGGCGGGGAAGAGUGCUGUGGGCAACGCUAUCCUGGGCGGAGGGGGUGUUUGACACGGUGCAAUUUGGAGAUUUGGUUGUGCAUCAGCAGCGGUUUUCUAAUGUCAGUCACUGACUGUCAAUCAAAUUAGCCAUGUCAGCUGACAAUUUUUUGGUUGGUAAAUUAGGCUAGCCAGCUUUCUUAACUUGUAGUAAUCAUGGCCGAAUACCAAGAGGCCCUGACCUCCAUGGGGCCCUCAUUGAUUUUGUUAGUCACUCUCACUCAGAUAUCAUUAACAUGGCAUAAGUCUUGGCAAAAUGUGUAGAAUUGCAGGAAAUUAGCUUUAAAACGUCAAACAUUUCUCUGCACCCCAUGGCAAAUUGGAAAGAAUUGAAGGAAAUUUGCUGUAAAACUGCACAUUUGUUCUCUCUGCCCCAUGGCAAAAUUAGUAGAAUUGCAUAUGUUAUAAAAUUGCUAAACUGCUCUCCGCCCCAUGGCAAUAUGUUUAGAAUUGCACAAAGCUUGCGUUAAAAAUGCAACAUUUUCUCUACUAUACUAAUGUGUAGAAUUGCAAGUAAUUUAUUUUAAAACUUUUGUUUUUCUCUCAGCCACAAGAGGGGGGCCACUAAAAUGUUUUACCUGCGAGGUGGGGGUGGGGCCCAACCAAAUCUUAAGGCCCCCCAAAAGGAUAGGGCCGACCAUGAUGUCCAAAGACAAACACUGUAUCAUCAGAGUUUUACAUAUCUCUGAGUCUGAACUGGAUGGAAAUGUAUCAUUACUGACUCGUUACAGUUUGAUAGAACCAUGUUACUGUUUGAUAGAACUUAUCUGCAUGCAGUACAACUCUGUAUUCCCAUCAUUCUGCAUGUUUUGAAUGUCUGAUCAAUUUGCAUGAUGUUCUGUUAUUAAUGUGAAUAUGAAUCAUUAUAGCCGCAAUCCCUAAUAGUUCUGAAAAUAGCUCUGAUUAUCAAAGUUACAGUGUGUGUGUAUUGCUGCCAUUACCACACUUGACUGUUGCCAAGGCUACACUGGGGAAAGGGCAAGACACUGGCUGUAAAAAGAUAUUGCCUCUCAGGAUGUCCUAUGUGAGUCCUUCUGUUUUUGUUUCCUUGUAUGCAACAUUUAGAAAAGUCCAGAGAUAAAUUAUAUGGGCAAGGGAUUUUACACUUUCUGUACAUAUAGGAUUACAUAUAGGGAACUCACAUGUUUUAGGAUGAUUUAGAAUCACCAUUACAAUAAGUUAUAUGACUACAGACUGCUUCACGCUGAUGUCUGGUAUUAAAUUGUCAAGGUAUUUCAGAACACUAGAAACUAGGCCUACUAUUAUUAACACAAAUAAGGCCAGACAUGAUCAGUCCCUUUCCAUUUCAUAACGUCUCAUAGAAAACUUUUCACACAAGUCAACAUCAGAAUAAAUUGCACUAACAUGUUUCAUUGCCUGUUAGCAAGACGUCUUCCAACUUCUGGUAAAGUGAGGAAGAUGAGUCUUCUGUGCAUGAAGGUACAUGUCAGCAGCACAAUCAUAGAAACAUUAUUACAUUUCACUUUUAGUAUUUUGACUGAACACAUCCUUGGAAAAAGGCCAUGACAUUAAACAGACUACUCUGAAUAAGUGCUAAGCUGGAUACAUUUCAUUAAAUUGCCUUCAUUUUUAUUUAUUUCAUUCAAUUAUGAAAAAAUAAAGGAGAAUCAAGUGAAAUGCAUAAUCAAAAUUACUGACAGAUAGGCAAUGUACAGUAUGUGCAACUGUUCAGUAUGUUUGAGAGGCCCUAACUUCAAACUGGUAAGUCAUUGAUGUUGUCCUACUGUGUCAUACACAUCAAUUUUUUCUCUCUUUCAGAUUCUCCUCCAGGAGGGUAAAAAGGCUGCUCCAGGAUUCUCUGGCACUUCCUGAACUUCCAAAUUCCUCUACAAAGCGAGUCAUGAAUCCUCUGCCAGGAGUCCAGCUCUGUGCGCCACAAUGCCACUCUGGCACGGAUGAGCUGGGAGAUCUCACUCUUGCUGCCUUUGGCCAGGCUCACACUGUCUUUACAGAUGAAGAAAACAUCCAGGCCAAUGAAGAGGGCGUUGAGGGUGAUGAAACCAGCCCGCGCUGAGCUGGAGAGGGCGAGUGGGGUGCCUUUGGCCACCUGUCCAAUGUCCGGGAUGUCCCCUGCUAGCUUGGGCAGGUUUCGUGCUGCUUUGCCUUCCUGGAGCGCCAACUUACCAGCGCUUGCGAUCAGAUCUUCCUUUGCAAGGGCCUUCACACUCAGAGCCGAGGCACAGUCCACUAUGGAGUCGAUGCCUUUUACGAUGGCCCCAGCUCUGGCAAUCACCUUCCCUGCUUCUAGCACGUCGUCCACCCCUCUCUGCCCCAAGAUGGGCUUCUUAUUACUGGCCACAUCCUCCAGACACUCCUGGAGACUCUCCACGUCCUCCAUGAAACUCUGGAAGAAUUCACUGGCUUUCUUCUCAUGGAUGCCAUUGACGUUCAUCUCUGUGAUGCCAGUGGUUAAACUGUUGACCCCAAUGGUGACCCCCAGGCUGACCCCUGCAAUGGUGAGAGCCAGUGACACCCCAGCAGUGACAGGGGUCAGAGCUAAGCCCACAAUGGAUAGGAUCCCUCCAGCCACCCCCACUGAGCUGCCUGCCACACUGGAGAUCUUAGCCCCCAGCUUCAUCCUGUCCAGCUGCACAGCACUCUCCUCCAGCUUGGUCAGAAACUGCUCCAUCCUGGGUCGGCGCUGGCUGAACCGGCCAAUGAAGCACUGA